GGAUAUUGCAGUGCUGAUGGUACCUGUGCACCACAUGGGCUUUGGAAUGCUACUAAGUGUAGUUUUGGUACACCUAUUUUUGUUUCUCUACCACAUUUCUUGGGAGCUGAUCCUAAAUUGCGGGAAGCUGUUGAGGGUGUGUCUCCACCGAAAAAGGAACUGCAUCAGACUAGGUUGGAGUUUCAUCCGUAUAUGGGUUUCAUCAUGCAGGGAUGGAAUAGGAUCCAGACUAAUAUUCAAGUGCAGAAGAGUUUCGGGAUGAGUGAAUUGGGCAUGUUUGAAGAUGAUAUUAUCCUGCCUGUUGCCUGGAUGGAAUUUGGUGCAAAAGCAGAGGAGCAUCCUGAUUACAUAAUGAAAAUAUUCAACGAUUCCACAUAUUUAGUCAACGGUGUUGAUUUAGGUUUUAAAUUCGGUUCGAUUCUCAUGAUGGCAGUCACAGCAAUGUGUUUCUUUAUUGUUUUACUCCGUAAUAAGAGAAAUAAGGUCUCGGGCGCUUCGUCAAUGGAGAUUAUCAGUUAAAAGUGAGCCGAGGUGUUAUGAGGUGAUAAGACUGAUUUUUUUCUACUCAAAUUCCGCUCAAAUUUUCAUAUUUUUAUGUCGUCAUUCUCGUCAUAGGUAUUUAUUUGUGAUCCAAAUUGGAUUUAGUUACAAUUGUUGAUUGUUGAUGCUAGAAAUGAGUCUUUAACUAGUUUUAAAUGGGAAAUACUCAUGGUAUCCGU